AUGCCUCCUGCUGGCUACCCCUUUCUAGGGGGAAGUUUGCCGCUCACAAAGGAGGCUGAAUUGCGAUCCGAUUUCCGCGGUCGUGGUAGUGAUCCCAAGAUGCCCACCAACGCCUAUGCUCAUCUCCCGGAUCAAGAUUCGGGCAUGGGUCGUACAACAGAUGAAAGCGUCCGAACAGCCGAAAGUUCAGAACAGGGCUUCCUCGGCAGUGAUCAUGGGCCUAACGAGGACAGUGGCAGUCACUCUGGCAACCAGAAUAAGGCUAGUGUCAACAUUCAGAAGAAGGACCUCCUAGACGCGGAGUUGGUUCGACUGAGUCAUCUGAUGCAGUCCCUUGCUCUGCACUGCAGUAACUUGGCCUACGUGAAACAACUCUACUCCAAUGCCGUACAGCGUGACAUACAGGAGGCACCACUUCAAACAACCCCAUUCCCCGUUGCUUCGAGG